AUGAAUUCAACGAUAAACCGGAAUCGAAAACCGAAUCCGCGACUGCAGGCCAACUUUUUCUCGAAGUGGUUCUUUAUCUGGACACGAGAGAUUUUGAGACUAGGUGUGAAGGGCUGCGUACAACCUGCGGACUUAUAUGCCCACGUGCCAUCGCUGGACAGUGCGCAGGUCUCCCAUUCCCUCCAUUGGGAGCUUGAGUUGCAGCGCAAGCGACCUAAUCUGCUGCACAUGGUAUUCAAGGCAUAUGGCAGUAGUUUUGUGCCCCUCUGCAUCGUCUAUUCACUCCUGGAGAUUGCAAUACAUGCAACGCAGCCGCUAAUGCUUGGCGGACUGGUCAGUUACUUCUCGGAGAGCGGUAAUGACGUAUCGAAACGUUCAGCGUAUUUAUAUGCCAUGGGCGUGGUGCUUUGUUCGUUGAUUACGUCGCUCUGCUACCAUCCGUUCAUGUUCCAUAUGUUUACCGUGGCGACCCGGAUUCGACUGGCCUGCGCCGGAUUAGUCUAUCGAAAGUGUUUGCGCGUCUCUGUGGCUGCCGACAAUACUGGGAUGAGUGCCUAUGCCAUAGCGAUAAUGUCCACCGAUUUGCCGCCGUUUAGGGAGUCCUUUUACUUUUUCCAUAAUCUGUGGUCGGGCCCAUUGGAGGCCGUUGUUUUUGGUUACAUAAUCUACAAAGUGAUUGGCUGGCCCGCACUGGUGGGCAUGACCACCCUGAUACUCUUUAUACCAUUCCAGGCGUGGGCUGCCAAGGCUACGGCCCGUUUUAAGCGCCUGUCGGCCGAACACGGUGAUGAGCGUGUGAAGCUCAUUGGAGAGAUUAUAUCCGGCAUGCAACUGAUUAAAAUGUAUGCUUGGGAAAAAUCGUUUGCCAAGCUAAUUCAACGCGUGCGGAAGAAAGAAAUGGGAGCCAUACGGGGCUCCAUGUAUGUGUAUGCUGCGCUUCAAUGCACCGGGAUGAUCUCGAAACUGGCGCUCUUUCUAUGCCUGAUCACAUACGUAUACACCGGAGACAUUGUGACAGCCCAGAAGGUGUUCAUUGUGUCCUCUUACUUGGAUCACCUCAGCGAAUCAUUGCUCCAUCUUUGGCCUCAUGCGGUUAACUGCUGGACCGAGACUUUUGUGGUGGGUCACAGAGUUGUGGAUUUCCUGUUGCAGCACGAGGAUCCUGCGGAUGGUGGCAUCGACAACUUCAAUGAUGACGACGAUGAGGAGGAUAAGGGUAAUUUUUAUGGUCGGGUCCAUAAUCCCCAUGCCCUUCAUAAGAGCGUUACGUUGCGUAAGCUGAGCGCUAGCUGGGAUAAGGUAGUGCUGGAGGGAGAGAAACAAAAGAAACGUGCCCAGCACAUUGAGGACAUCAGCUUUCAUGUGGGUGCCCAGGAAUUUUUGGGUAUUGUGGGAAAUGUGGGUGCUGGAAAGAGCACUCUACUCCACGCCAUGUUGGGAGAGCUGGAGAUCAGUAGUGGCAGUGUGGAACUAAAUGGCGUACUCAGCUAUGCGCCGCAGGAGCCUUGGCUGAACUGCUGCACGGUGCGCGAGAAUAUCGUGUUUAUGGAGCGAUAUGACGAACAACGCUAUAGACGUGUGUUGCGGGUUUGCCAACUGGAGAAGGAUAUCAAGCAGCUACAGCAAGGCGAUGCCACCAUUGUUGGUGAGCGAGGGGCGAGUCUGAGUGGUGGGCAGAAGGCACGCAUAAGUCUGGCACGUGCUGUCUAUCGACAGGCAGACAUUUAUAUAUUUGAUGACCCCUUGUCUGCGGUGGACACACAAGUUGCAAAAUUGCUCUUGGAUCGCUGUCUCAAUGAAUUUCUUAGCGAUAAGAUCAGGAUAUUGGUGACGCACCGCGUCCAAUUGCUGAAGCAUGCUGACCAUCUAGUAUUGAUGGAGGGCGGUAAUGCAACCAUACAGGGUGGCUACGAGUCGCUUAAAGAGCUCAUACGCUUCCGCAUGUCCGUGCUCAAUGAUAACGAGGUGAUGCGCCUGCGUCACGGCCGCUCCGAUAGCAUUUAUGAGGCCACAGAGCAGGAGACAACAAUAGGACAAUCAGUCGACAAUAGCGCGGAGGAAGAGUACAGGGAGCAGCAAUUGCGCGGUCACGUCAAAUUCCACACAUACAGGGCGUACUUCGCUCUUCUGGGACUACCACUAGUGGUGCUGCUUAUAUUUCUCUUCUUCCUGCUGGCUCGAGGCUGUGAGUCAGCCAUGGAUAUCUUCAUUUCCAAAUGGGCCACCUGGGAGGAGACGGAACCCAAUCAGCAUGAGCCCAUGCAUGAGUACACUGAGAUUCGUAUGCAUAUGGUCACUAUAUAUGCCAUCCUGAUGGUGAGCACGCUUGUCCUCUAUAUUCUGCGCACGUUCGGGUUCUUCAUGAUGUGUCUGCGCAUCUCGAUACGGGCACACAACUAUAUGUUCCGUGCCAUUAUUCGUGCCUGCAUGAGCUUCUUCACUGUGGCAACAUCGGGUCGUAUACUCAACCGAUUCUCCAGUGAUAUUCUAGCUAUUGAUAUAACCCUGCCACAGUCUAUAAUGGAUUCCAUUGAGUUCUUUGUGAAUGCGCUGGCGGUCAUGGCCGUUGUGGCAAUGGCCAAUACUUGGCUACUCGUUCCCGCUUUCAUUGUCAUUGUGCUUCUUUACAUCUGUCGUCGGUUUUACAUUGGCGCUAGUCGCAGUCUCAGGCGCAUUGAAACUAUCACCAGAAGCCCCAUCUACACUCAUACGAUAGCUACCUUCAGAGGUCUCACGACCAUUCGCUCUCUGAACGCCACAAAGCGAUUCGAGCGGGACUUCCAUCGACUGGAAAAUGAUAACACCUCGGCACUAUACUUGUACUCCAGCCUCAAUCGUGCCUUUGCCUUCUGGACCGAUUUGAUCUGUGUCUUCUAUAUAUUGGCUGUUACUUUCAGCUUUCUGCUGAUCAAUCGCGAGUACUAUAGCGGCGAUGUCGGCUUAGCCAUCACCCAGUCCAUGACCCUUGUGCUCAUGUGCCAGUGGGGCAUGCGACAAACGGUUGAAAUGGAGAACAAUAUGACGAGUGUGGAACGAGUUCUGGAGUAUAUGAAUACCCCACCAGAGCCGUCCUACGAAACCCCCGCUUCAGUCAAUUUGCCAACUCAAUGGCCCCAUGCGGGCCAAUUGCAUUUUCAGAAUUUGCGUCUGUGCUACAGCCAGAAAGAGAAACCCGAGUACGUGCUAAAGGGUCUUAAUUUCACCAUACAUCCUAUGGAGAAGAUUGGCAUAGUGGGUCGCACGGGAGCGGGCAAGUCUUCCAUCAUACAGGCGAUCUUUCGUUUGGCCAUCAACGAGGGUCUAAUCGAAAUCGAUGGCCAUGACAUCGCUCAGCUGGGCUUGCACGAUCUGCGCAGUCGUAUCUCUAUUAUACCCCAGGAGCCGGUGCUUUUCUCGGGCACCUUGCGUCACAAUCUGGAUCCGUUCGAACAGAAAACAGAUGCGGAAUUAUGGGACGCCCUCGAUGCGGUCAAGCUAAAGAACAACGUGGGCAAGCUAGAUGGCGGCCUGAGCUGUCGAGUACAUGAUAGCGGUGCCAAUUUCAGCAUGGGACAACGCCAAUUGAUCUGCCUAGCUCGUGCCAUACUGCGCAAUAAUCGGAUCUUAAUAAUGGACGAGGCAACGGCCAAUGUGGAUCCUGAAACGGACCAACUCAUACAGGAGGCCAUACACACAAAAUUCGAGAACUGCACGGUGCUGACCAUUGCACAUCGACUGCACACGGUGAUGGACAAUGAUCGAGUGCUGGUCAUGGAUCUGGGGCGCAUGGUGGAGCUGGGGCAUCCGCACGACCUGUUGCAGCAACGCAACGGCUAUCUCUAUCGCUUUGUGGAGAGGACGGGUGCGGGCACGGCCAAGCACCUGCGCUUUGUGGCCGAGCAGAGCUACCACAAGCGAGUGGUGCAGAAACGAUUGGCUGGGGAGGAUCCUCAGAUUAGAGGCAGCGUCUGCAAAGGCACAACCUUGUAGUUGGGUCUGAGAUUACUGGUGGGAUAAGGCAUAUAUAAAGACUGUUAAUCGAUUUUGUUUUGUAAGGUAUGGUAAUAUAAUUUUUAUUAUAGUGAACUGAUUUUUAAAGUUAGAUAUAUGUAUGUACUUUAUAUAACGUAGUUGUUUUUAUGUAUAAAUAAAGUGUCGAUUUUUUACUUUUUGCUUAUAA